AUGCGCAGUCUACAGAGCAAUACAUUUGGAGAUUGUGACAUCCUUAAGUGCAGAUUGCUGUGCACUCGCGUUGAGAAGAUUCAUCGCUCGACGAGGCCGUGUCCGACAGUUAUCUAUAGUGACAACGGCACGAACUUUAUCGGUGUCUCUGGUGCAUUGAACCAAAUUGAGUGGCAAAAGAUAGCUGCUCUUGAAACUCUAAAUCCAAUUAACUGGAAAUUCAUUCCCCCAACCGCAGCAUGGUGGGGCGGUUGGUGGGAGAGACUAAUUCGCAUAGUGAAAAAUCUACUUGUUCGAGUUCUUGAUGUAAAAGAAACUGGAACGGCUAAUCUUCAUCAUUUGGAUAGGAAAAAACUGGUAAAGAGAGAAAGUUACUGCCAAGAACUGCGUGAACAAUUCAGACAACAAUUCCGAAAAGAAUAUUUAGGUCAGUUGGUGCAAAAGGCUGGCACAUCUGACAAAAUUUUCAAAGUUGGAGAAGUGGUCCUUGUCGGUUCUGAAAACCAGAAGAGACUCAAUCGGCCACUUGCAGUUAUUGAAGAACUAUAUCCAGGGAGAGACGGCCAUGUGAGAGUCGUCAAAGUCAAAACUCCUCUUGGUCAUCUCAUUCGUCCAGUCCAAAAGAUUUACCCUCUAGAAGUUAACUCUUCUGGGGAUCCCGUUAUACCAGAUAAACAUCCUACUAAUGACACACCAGCAGCAUCACAGAAUGACAUUCUAAUUCAGAAGGAUGUUUCAACAGCUCCUCGGACGUCAAGAAGCGGCAGAGUAAUCAAGAUACCUAAGAGACUGGCCUAUUGA